UGAUCAAGUCGAGCGCAGAACCCUUCGUCUCUUCCCUACCACACUUGAAACUAGCCGCAGUGCUGAAAGAUCCUACUCUCUGUUUUUCCAUCUUUCUUUUCGCCUCCACAAUGGAUAUCCACCAAGAAAUUCGAGAGGAUUCCCUCACGGACUCUAAACUGAACGACUAUCUCGUUGCCGGCAAUGACAUCAACAUGCAAGAUAUCAAGACUGGAUUUACACCGCUUGCCACGGCUGCAAAGUCUGGCCGGGUUCGAGUCGCGAAGUUGCUACUUGAACACGGGGCAAACCCCAAUCAGAAGACAAAAUAUGGUUGCACCCCACUCUACUUCGCAGCCGAUGCUCGGACGGACCGCGAAGGGAUCGUCCGGCUUCUCCUCGACAGCCGUGCUUCCGUAGACCUGACGGACCCCGCAUGUCAUAACGAGACGCCGCUUAUGGCAGCCAUUUCCAAAGCCCGCGACUACAAGGUCGUCAAAAUGCUACUCGAUGCGGGCGCGUCUCUGGAGGCCACAAACAACAAAAACAAGACGGCAAGGUCAAUGGGUGAGCAGUCGGAUAUCCCCCUGAUCCGGGAGGCCGUCGCGCAUCCGUACCAGCUGAGUUACGGCCAAUCCGAAUGGCUCGAAACUAUCAUCAAGCUCAUCCUAUUCAUCCUGGCUUACAUUGGUCGUUGGUUCGUCGAUGGUACCAAGGGGGUUGUAGCCGCGCUAUAUGGCGUGCGUGAAGCCACGGAGCCGGAUGAGAACCUCGCUGACGAAAUCGGCAACCCCACCACUGCUGAACAGUUCAAGGAGAGCAUCAACACUUAUAUUAAAGACAAGAAACUUGACGAUUUCUUCGAUUCAGGGGACAGAUACCUUCAUGACCUGGCCGAGAAAGCGUUGGAGCUUGAGAAGGACCCCAGAAACCAUUUUACAGAGCCGGACGAGAUCAAGAGUCUCGUCCAGCUAGCCCUCUUCCAGCCGAUAUUUUACUGCGAUGAUAGCGGAUCCAUGAAUGCACGACUUUUUGACCCGCCCAAAUCAAUGAACGGGAUGGACGCGCAGAGGGAGUUGGUGAAAAGAAUGGCCCGCGUUGCAACGCGUCUGGUGCCAGAUAACACUGGUGCCCACCUGCGUUUCAUCAACAGAACCGAAGGGGACCUCGACGACCUCGGGAGCCACGCGCUCGAGCAAAGGAUGCUUUUCAUGCCGAGGCGAACAGAUUUGACUAAUAUCGGCACCGAGCUCGAGGCCAAGAUCCUCAAGCCACUUGUAUACGACGUCAUUGAGCGUGACGGUAGACUCAAGCGACCGAUCUUAGUCUUGAUCAUCACGGACGGACAGCCGUUCCCAGAACCCCUGGACACCCUCAAGAGGGCCAUCCUUGAAUGCGGCCAGAGGUUGUCCCGGUUCGGGUACCAGAACGAAGCCGUCACGUUCCUCAUCAGCCAAGUCGGCAACGAUCCCCGAGCUGACCAGUUCCUCGAUUUGCUGGAGGGUGACCCGGAGCUCGACCGCGUCCUCUACCGUACGGCAGGCCGCCUACACGAGAAAUAUGAGAGUCUCGGAACGAACCAGAAGGAUAUCGAACGAUGGCUCCUUCACAUCUUAGCGCAGCCGAUCCUCGGCCUACGUAGCGCCAAUUAACGGUACCUUGGGGACAUGUGGUCUUGGAGCAAGAGGAUGGUAACUGUGAGAUUGCUCGAUUGGGUAUUGCGUGCGUGUAUUUUUGGCGCGACG